CGACCUUUACAUUUUCUUACAACAUGGGACGCUUACGACAGAAGGGAAAGGCUGGUGCAGCGAAAGCCUAUGUGACUCGCUCGCUGGCCGUCAAAAAGCUGCAAUGCUCACUGGCAGAUUUUAGGAGGCUUUGCAUCCUCAAGGGUAUAUUUCCUCGCGAACCGCGAUCCAGGAAAAAGGCGAACAAGGGGUCAUCUGCGCCGACAUCAUUCUACUACGCUAAAGAUAUUGCCUACCUUCAGCAUGAGCCAGUGCUGAAGAAGCUGCGAGAACACAAGGCAUUUGCUAAACGACUCUCGCGAGCUCUUGGGAGAGGAGAAUGGAGUAGUGCGAAGAGCCUGGAGGACAACAAGCCUGUAUACCGGUUGGAUCACAUUGUCAAGGAGAGAUAUCCAACCUUUGUCGAUGCCGUCCGUGACAUCGACGAUGCUCUCUGCAUGAUCUUCCUCUUUGCCUCUCUCCCUUCCGACGGCCGUGUAUCGCCUUCUCUCAUCGAAAACUGCUCACGGCUUGCGGCCGAAUGGCAACUCUACAUCAUGCGCACGCGAUCGUUGAGAAAGACCUUCCUCUCAAUCAAGGGUGUUUACUACCAGGCCGAGGUAAUGGAUCAGUUGGUGACAUGGCUCGUACCAUACCAAUUUACCCAGAACAUCCCUGCGGACGUCGAUGUCCGAGUUAUGCUCACAUUCUUGGAGUUAUACCAAACGUUGCUAGGAUUUGUCUUCUUCAAGCUUUACACCGACGCAGGGCUUGUCUACCCGCCUCCCCUCGAUGUGAAGAAGCAAGAAGCUGCUGCUGGCGUCGGCGCUUUCCUUCUGCAGGAGGCUACCCCCGCCUCUGUCGCACCUGCGAAAACAAAAUCCGUAGAAGUCGAUGGCAAGAAAGUCUCCACCAAAGAUGUUCGACAAACCAUCAAAGCCAUCGCUACCUCUAGCAUCUCUAACGAGGCAGAUGCUGAUGUUGACAUGCCUAUCGUCGAGUCGACACCACAAGACGCCGAAGACGAAGAAUUCGUGCCUCAACCCUCUACCUCGAAUCCUACCGAAACCGCAUCGCUCCCUACCCUUCACUCUCUAUCAUCCCUGCCCCAGUCGCAGGCCGCAAAACUCUUCACCCCAUACACAUUUUUCCUCUCUCGUGAAACCUCUCGGCCUAUCUUCGAGUUCAUCGUCCGCUCAUUCGGCGGUCGGAUAGGCUGGCCGGCGUCCUCCGGCGGCGGAUCUCCCUUCGACGAGACGGACGAAUCGAUUACACACGUCAUCAUCGACAGGCCUGUGGUCGAGAGGCCGAACGAAACGGAAGAAGAGCGGGAGAGGCGGAGGCGGAGGAAGUACGUCCAGCCUCAGUGGGUUGUCGACUGCAUCAAUGCUGGGAAGAUCUUGUUGGAGGAGCCCUACACACAAGGAAAGACGCUGCCACCGCAUUUGAGUCCCUUCGGUGAGUACCGCGGAGCGUACGAUCCUACUGCUGUGGGUGUCGACGAAGAUGCUGCAAUGGACGGCGUCAGCGAUGAGGAGAGCGAGAUUGAGGGUGAAAACAUCGCGGAAGAGGAUGAUGAGGAGGCGGAGCAGGAGUCGAAGGAGAAGAAGGAGAAGGCUGCAUUGAAGGCAGCUGUAGCGUCGGUUGCGGAUGACCCGGCUGCACUGAGGGCAGCGGAGUUGGAGGCGGAGGCGGCUGGCGUGGACUUCGGAACCUUCGAAAAGGAAGUGGUCAAGUCGCAGAAGUCGUUGAAGAAGGGCAAGGCUGCGCAGACGGUUGAUGCGGAGCAGGAUAUGAACAAGAUGAUGAUGAGCAACAAGCAGCGGAAGCUGUAUGAGAGGAUGAAGUUCGGUGAACGCAAACGCUCUGCCGAGAACGCUAAGCUCGAAGAGCGAAAGAUAUCCCUACAAAAAGCCAAGAAACGGCAAGAAAAGGCCCAGUGAGGUCACUUGUUCUCUUGUCGACAUCUUCUCGGGUCAUAGCUUGUAUUGCACAUUUCCCUACUUUGCAUCAGUUCGUUGGGGUUCGACGGCAUAUCUCGAAGAAAACCCUCUGUCUCGUUUGAGUACGCAGUGAAUCAAGUUUAAU